AUGUCCAGCGCAGAAACAAGUGGCAAUAAUGUCGUCAAGAGCGGCUUCAAGCGCCACAGAAAGGUGCUGAAGGAUAACAUUCUUGGCAUCACCAAAGCCGACAUCCGUAGGCUUGCCCGACGAGGCGGGAUUACGCGCAUGUCGGCCGAGGUAAACGACCUGGCCAGGGAAAUUAUAAGGUCCGACCUUAUGGACCUCGUCAGUGACGCCAUCACCUACACCACACACGCCAACAGAAAGACAAUCGUAGCCCUUGACGUUGUCUAUGCACUCAAGAGACAAGGCCGUCAACUCUACGGAUUUGGGGGAUAA